AUAACCCUUUUCAUGGCAAAGGAGAACAUUUUCUUAUUUGUGAGUCAUGCAAAAAGUAUAUUAAAUCAUAAAGGAAAACUCAUACAAGUCCUCUUCUGUACAUCUGUGUCUUCUGCCUUACUCCAAGCCAUCAAGUCACUGGAACAGCUUAAGAUGCCAAGUUGAGAACCACACACUCAGUUACACCUUGAAGUUCAAGGGUAUGGGAUGCAUCAGGAUUCUGUCUCAGCAAUGGGCUUACUUCUUUGCUCCCCGUCCCAACCCUGGGCAUUUACUUUCUAAGUUUGUGAAGUGUGGAUAUGCAGGCUCUAACUUCCCAGAACACAUCUUCCCAGCUUUGGUUGGAAGACCUAUUAUCAGAUCAACCACCAAAGUGGGAAACAUUGAAAUCAAGGAUCUUAUGGUUGGUGAUGAGGCAAGUGAAUUACGCUCGAUGUUAGAAGUUAACUACCCUAUGGAAAAUGGCAUUGUACGAAAUUGGGAUGACAUGAAACACCUGUGGGACUAUACAUUUGGACCAGAGAAACUAAACAUAGAUACCAGAAAUUGUAAAAUCUUACUCACAGAACCUCCUAUGAAUCCAACUAAAAACAGAGAGAAGAUUGUAGAGGUAAUGUUUGAAACUUACCAGUUUUCUGGCGUCUAUGUAGCCAUCCAGGCAGUUCUGACUUUGUAUGCUCAAGGUUUAUUGACUGGAGUAGUGGUGGACUCUGGAGAUGGUGUAACUCAUAUUUGCCCAGUUUAUGAAGGCUUUUCUCUCCCUCACCUUACCAGGAGACUGGAUAUUGCUGGGAGGGAUAUUACCAGGUAUCUCAUCAAGCUGCUUCUGUUGCGGGGAUACGCCUUCAACCAUUCUGCUGAUUUUGAAACAGUUCGCAUGAUUAAAGAAAAACUGUGUUAUGUUGGUUAUAAUAUUGAGCAAGAGCAGAAACUGGCCUUAGAAACCACAGUAUUAGUUGAAUCUUACACACUCCCAGAUGGCCGCAUUAUCAAAGUUGGUGGGGAGAGAUUCGAAGCACCAGAAGCUCUAUUUCAGCCUCAUUUGAUCAACGUGGAGGGAGUGGGUGUGGCUGAGCUGCUUUUUAACACAAUACAGGCGGCUGACAUUGACACAAGAUCUGAAUUCUAUAAGCACAUUGUGCUUUCUGGAGGGUCUACUAUGUAUCCUGGUCUGCCAUCAAGGUUGGAACGAGAACUCAAACAACUUUAUUUAGAACGAGUUUUAAAGGGAGAUGUGGAAAAACUUUCUAAAUUUAAGAUCCGCAUUGAAGACCCACCCCGCAGAAAGCACAUGGUAUUUCUGGGUGGUGCAGUUCUGGCCGAUAUCAUGAAAGACAAAGACAACUUUUGGAUGACCCGGCAAGAAUACCAAGAAAAGGGUGUCCGUGUGCUAGAGAAACUUGGUGUGACUGUUCGAUAAAUUCCCAGGCUUGUCUCAUCACACCUCUGUGCUUUCUUUUUUCCUUUAUUGCCAAUCUUUGAACUCAUUUAACUCCUGAACAUGGAGGCGACUUCUUUAUGCCCUUUGACUGGAAAGGUCAGGUUUUUUUCUGGUGUCUUAGGGAAGCUUUGUUAAAUUUUCGUUAACGUGGAUAAGUGGGUAAUUCAACCACUUCCCUGCAAACGGGAUGAGAAGGCAAAGGGUCCUGUCUGCUGCGUUGUUUCUUCUAAAUAGGCAUUUAGAUCGUUCCUGUAGGCUUCAUAUUUUCACUUUACUGCUCUAAUGCUGCUAGUUUUAGUCUUUAGCACACUAGGUGGUAUGCCUUUACUAGC